GGGGCGGGGCCGGCGUGGUGAUGGCCCGGGUUGUAGCCGCCGCCGGCGCCGCCGCCCCCGCCGCCGCCGCCGCCGCCGCCACCUCAGAAGCAGGAACCGAAGUCGUCGCCGCCGCCACCACUGCCUGGGUCUCCGGCUGCCCGCGCGCUGGCUCGGUCGGGGCCCGCAGCCAUGGAGGAUUUCAUCGUGAUCUCGGACGACAGCGGCUCUGAGAGCUCCGGGGGCGCCCGCCCGGGCCGGUCGCGGAGGCUGCGCCGGGCCCUGUCGCGAACCUCCGGCGCGCUGCCCCGCCGGACCGUGGACUUCAUUGACUUAACAAGAGAGACCAGACCAAGGACAAAAGAUCGCAGUGGACUGUAUGUGAUUGACCUGACAAGAGCUGAGGGAGAAAAUAGACCUAUUGCCACUCUUGACUUAACUUUAGAACCUGUCACUCCUUCCCAGAAGGAGCCAACCAGUCUUCAGACAUGUGCCAGCCUCUCUGGCAAAGCGGUGAUGGAAGGGCACGUGGACAGAAGCUCUCAGCCUACAGCACGGAGACUCAUUAACAGUGAUCCUGUAGAUUUGGACCUAGUGGAAGAAAACACCUUUGUAGGUCCCCCACCCGCUGCAUCCAUCAGUGGAGGCUCUGUUUAUCCAACAGAGCCUAAUUGUAGCUCAGCCACAUUCACAGGUAACCUCAACUUCUUGGCAAGCCUACGGCUGUCUUCAGAUGUUAGCUCCCUCUCCCCAACAAGCAAUAAUAGUAGUAGCAGCAGCAGCAGCAGCAGCAGCAAUCAAAAAGCACCCCUGCCAUGCCCACAGCAAGAUGUCUCUCGCCCACCACAGGCCUUGCCGUGCCCCCUGCGACCUUUGCCGUGCCCACCGAGAGCCUCACCAUGUCCACCACGAGCCUCCUCAUGCCCACCACGAGCCUUGUCAUGCCCAUCACAAACCAUGCAGUGCCAACUACCAGCUCUAACUCACCCACCUCAAGAAGUGCCAUGCCCUCGGCAGAAUAUCCCAGGCCCACCUCAAGACUCUCUGGGCCUACCUCAAGAUGUUCCAGGCCCACCUCAAAGCAUAUUACAUCCACAAGAUGUGGCAUACCUGCAAGACAUGCCACGGUCACCAGGAGAUGUGCCACGGUCACCAGGAACCAUGCCACCAUCACCAGAUAUGCCACAGUCAACAGGAGACAUGCUAGGGUCACCAGGAGAUGUGCCACAGUCACCAAGUGAUGUUUCACCGUCACCAGAUGCACCACAGUCACCAGGGGGCAUGCCACACUUACCGGGAGAUGUGUUACAUUCACCUGGAGACAUGCCACACUCAUCAGGGGACGUGACACACUCACCUAGAGACAUCCCUCACUUACCAGGAGACAGGCCUGACUUUACCCAGAAUGAUGUACAGAACCAUGACGUGCCUAUGGAUAUCUCAGCUCUGUCCUCUCCAAGCUGCUCUCCCAGCCCACAGUCUGAAACUCCCUUAGAGAAAGUUCCUUGGCUCUCUGUCAUGGAAACCCCAGCCAGAAAAGAAAUAUCACUGUCAGAGCCUGCCAAACCUGGGUCUGCCCACGUACAAUCACGAACACCACAAGGUGGGUUGUACAACAGACCAUGCCUGCAUAGACUGAAGUACUUCUUACGACCUCCGGUUCAUCACCUCUUCUUUCAGACACUAAUACCGGAUAAAGACACAAGAGAGAACAAGGGUCAAAAAUUAGAACCCAUCCCUCAUCGAAGACUAAGAAUGGUAACAAAUACCAUUGAAGAGAAUUUUCCUCUGGGGACUGUGCAGUUUUUGAUGGACUUUGUGUCACCCCAGCAUUACCCACCAAGAGAAAUCGUGGCUCACAUCAUCCAGAAAAUCUUGCUCAGUGGCUCUGAGACUGUGGAUGUCCUAAAGGAGGCCUACAUGCUUCUCAUGAAAAUUCAACAGCUACAUCCAGCCAAUGCCAAGACAGUGGAGUGGGACUGGAAACUGCUCACCUAUGUCAUGGAGGAAGAGGGACAAACUCUGCCUGGGCGAGUCCUUUUCCUGCGUUAUGUCGUUCAGACCCUAGAAGAUGACUUCCAGCAGACCCUGAGGAGGCAACGGCAGCACCUGCAGCAAUCCAUUGCAAACAUGGUGCUGUCCUGUGACAAGCAGCCCCACAAUGUCAGGGAUGUUAUCAAGUGGCUGGUCAAAGCAGUAACUGAAGAUGGAUUGACUCAGCCCCCAAAUGGAAAUCAAAAGUCUUCAGGAACAGGAAUCUUGAAGGCCGGCAGUAGCCACCCUUCUUCCCAGCCCAACCUGACAAAGAACACCAAUCAGCUGAUUGUGUGCCAGCUUCAGAGGAUGCUCUCCAUAGCCGUAGAGGUGGACAGGACCCCCACCUGCAGCUCCAAUAAAAUUGCCGAGAUGAUGUUUGGGUUUGUGCUGGACAUUCCUGAGAGGAGCCAGAGAGAAAUGUUCUUUACUACCAUGGAAAGCCACCUUCUGCGCUGCAAAGUGUUAGAAAUCAUAUUCCUCCACAGCUGUGAGACACCCACCCGCCUGCCUCUGUCUCUGGCCCAGGCCCUCUACUUUCUGAAUAAUUCUACGUCACUGCUCAAGUGUCAGUCAGAUAAAAGCCAGUGGCAGACUUGGGACGAAUUGGUUGAGCAUCUGCAGUUUCUGCUGUCCAGUUAUCAACAUGUUUUAAGAGAACACUUAAGGAGUUCCGUGAUCGACCGAAAGGACUUAAUAAUCAAAAGGAUUAAGCCCAAACCCCAGCAAGGAGAUGACAUCACAGUGGUAGACGUAGAGAAGCAGAUUGAGGCCUUCCGCAGCCGCCUGAUCCAGAUGCUGGGGGAGCCUCUUGUCCCCCAACUCCAAGACAAAGUGCACUUGUUGAAGCUCCUGCUCUUCUAUGCUGCGGACUUGAACCCUGAUGCAGAGCCCUUUCAAAAGGGCUGGAGCGGCUCCUGAGGGCCUGCCAAGCACUGAAUGCCAAGAAUACCUCCUGAACUCUCUCUCCAACUACUUAGAAGCUCUAAAAGCAUGAAAAGUGGUUAAAAUCUUACAGGACCAAACCUGUAUUAUUUAAUCAGUAGGUUGUAAUUUCUAACUCUAGUAAAUAUCUUUUUUUAAAUAAUCCUAUCCUAGCCUGUUCUCAAAUAUGGCUUAAAUAUACAAGGUAUAUAUAUAUUUUUAAUAAAUUAUUUAUCUAUACUUUUUUGAAACAGGUUAAUACUCUGUGCACCACAUGUUUAACAUUUUCAUUCAAGAUGUGGAAAAAAUCCCUCUGCUGAACCCAGUCUAUACACCAAUAUUAUGUCAUUCAAGGUACCAACAACCUGUUUCAGGAGAGAGACGUUCAUUUUUCCCUAAUGAAAUGCAAGCAUUCUGUUAGACCUAUUAUAUUGCCUGUUCAUUUGACUGUAAUGAAUAGGGGGUAGAAACAAAAGGAUCAAGUGUGUUAUAAAACAUUUGAUGUUAAAAGGAGACAAUAAAAAGGCAAUGGUUUUUCAAAAUA